AUGACUGAAUUUAUUGGAUGUCCACCCGAAAAUGAACAUAGUUAAUUAAAUAUUAUAGAAUUUAAUGUUCAAUAUAAAAUUCUGUUUGAUAAAUUCAGUUUGUUAGACUAUCAAAUAUUCAUAAUCAAAUACCAGAUGUCUGAAACAAAAGUGCCCACCUUCUUGAUGAAAUUGAAAUCAAUGCUGAAUGAUGAAGCGAAUGGUCAUAUAAUUAGUUGGGAUGAAAAAGGAAGUAAACUAAUCAUUCAUCAAAUCAAAUUAUUCAAGGAAAUAGUAUUACCCUAAUAUUUCAAGUAACCUAAUUAUUCAAGUUUCUAAAAGUAAAUGAAUAAUUAUGGAUUUAAGAAUUUCAGAAUAUCAGCCAAAUCUACAGAAUUUUACAAUGAGAAUUGGACAAGUGACUACCAAUAAAUAGAUAAAAUCAAGAGGAGAAAAACUGAAUUUGUUUUAGAUACAGAUUCCUCUUUUCUCUCGCAAUUAAAGAUUUUGCAAUCUAGUUAAAAUUAAUUAAUGGAGAAUCUGCAACAUAUUGAUUAUAAGUAAAGAAUUCUAAGUUAAAUUAUUUAUGAAUUGCACUUGAAAUCAUAAAAAUACUUAGAAUUAUUCCAAUAAUUGCUGGAACUUUAAUUGUGA